CAACACCGCGCGAGGCCACGACAGUAGUAGCGUUCCUCCUGGACGUGCUGUCAACGUGUGUGUAGUGUGUGCGUUAUUGUUUUUUGUUUUUAUUAUUAUUAUUAUGAUUUCUUCGACGGCCAACAUCGAAACGCGUUGAUAGUCGUCGAGAACAAGACUUGCGGCCGUGUGUUGUCCAAGUGCGUCGAGACACUUUUCGCGUUUGUUACCGUUGCACACGCCUGACCAUCUUACCUAACCGGGCUAACCUUGCGCAUCACGCAUUUGGAGUAUCUAAUUCCUACAGAUAAUGCCAAAUACUUGGGAUGGUGGAUCUGAACCCGGUUGAGGAGCCGCCGAUGCCAGAAGACGGCCGGACAGCCUUGCACUAUGCCGCUUCUACAGGUGAUUGUCCCGCCGUCACCGAGCUCUUGGCCAAGAAGUCCGUGGACCCCAACGCUCAAGACGCUGUCGGAUAUUCGGCCGUGCAGAUAGCCGCGGCCGAAGGACACCUGGACGUGUUGAAGUUGCUUUUGCGGCACAAGGCCGACGUUAACUUGCACGAUAGCUUGCACGGGAACACGGCUCUGCACGAGGCCAGCUGGAAGGGUUACAGCAAGACGGUCGCCUUGCUUGUGUCCUCUGGCAGCCAGCUGGACCACAAGAACUACGGAGGCUCAACAGCUCUGCACCUGUGCUGCCAAAAUGGGCACAACCAAAGCUGUCGUGAGCUAUUACUUGCCGGCUGUGAUCCAGACGUCCAGAAUAACUACGGUGACACGCCACUUCACACGAGUGCCAGGUACGGGCACGCCGGAGUGUUUAGGAUUCUCCUGAGCGCUCAAUGCAAAGUGUCUGAGCAAAACAAGAACGGUGAUACGGUGCUGCACAUUGCUGCGGCUAUGGCCAGGAAGAAAUUGACCAGAAUCAUAUUACAGGCCAAGUGUAAUACCAUGUUGAGAAACAAGCAAAACGAAACUGCCAAAGACAUAGCGGAGCGCAAGAAUUUGACUGAAAUUCUGGAAAUUUUGAACGAUCCCAGUUAUGUGAAGAAAAAGAGCAGCAGCAGCGGCAAAAAAUCCACCAUUAAAGACCAUAAAGAAGGUAAAAAACGACCGGACGGCAGCGUUAAAAAACAGUGGUCGCCCUACGGUUGCCAUUACUUCCCGGAUACCAAGGAAUUCCCCAAGCCCAAACUGAACUCUCUGCCGGACGAACCGUUGCACGCGGGCGAACAGUACUACCUGGACCUAGCGGGCAACAUCAGGAAGGGGCCUGUGGGCGUGGGUUACACGUGCUACUGCGCGCCGUUCUUCAAAGAGCUCGAAGCUCGGCUGGACCACAACACGAAAAAGCUUAAGCGGCAGAUAUGCCGGACCGAGGACAAUCUCAGCAGGCGGCUGUGCUGCGUCGAGAAACAGCUCAAGUUGUCCAAAGAAAAACUACAACGGGUAACCGAAGAAGUUGACAGCGAUAACGACAGCGUGUUGGAAGACCGGUUCCGGGCCCAGUGUACCAUCGACACUACAGUCAUGGACCCAAACUUGCGGUGGCGGCUCGACUACCUGACGGCCCGCCGGCUCGACGAUAUACCGUGCAACGAUUCCGGGUACAGCACGAAAAUGUUCAGCAACUCGCAGGGCCCGUCACCGUCACUGUCCCAUUUAAUGGAAAACGGCGCAGUGUCGAUCGUUGAAAGUUCCAAAAUGCCUAAAUCGUUAAGCGUACUGCCAUCGGACAGCAAUAACAUGGAAAGCAUUGUAUGAUCAGUGCGCCCUCAGUCAUUAUGUGUAUAAUAUAAAAAACAAAACGUACAAAAUUAAUUUUUAUAUUAUUUUCCAAUUAUUUUUGUAUUAUAUAUAUAUAUAUUUUUGUGCAAUAUAGAUUUAAAAAACGUUGUUAAUUAUUAA